CAUAUCCAAGAAAUUGGAUUGUACUAGACUAAUCAGUGUAUUGAUUCAGGGCCACCACAGUCACCUUUUAUAGUCUACAGGAAUAUUGAUGUGGUUUAAAAAUGUAAAAGUAUGCGAGGGCUUGCUAUGGUGUAUAUGUCGCGUAUCUCUAGCUCCCCUGUAGGCUUGGGUAACCAAAGAGCAUUGAAAUAAAGGGAGCCGUCGAACUAGUCUGUCUACUACUCUCUCCCCGGUACGGAAACCGGUUGCUGUCAGAAUACGGCACAACAUAAUUAUUUAAUUUCAAGGGAGACAAAUUUACUUUAAAUUCGGGAGUUCGUAAAGCCUACUACACAGGUGAAGAAGUAGAAAGUUGUGACACGACCAACAUCACAUCAAAGCGGCGCCCGAGAUUAUCGUGAAUUUAUUUGGAGUGCAGUAGCUCUGGAAAACAACCAGAAAAAUAGUGUGGGGGGGGGGGGGGGGAGGGAAAAAGAGCAAGACCAUGGCUCAGAUUAAGCUGCAGAAUGUGGAGGACUACUAUGAGAUUGGAGAGGUGCUUGGCAGUGGUCACUUUGGGCAAGUGCGUGCGGUGCUGGAGCGGGCGUCCAAGGUCAACUGGGCGGGGAAGUUCCUGAAGCUGCGUCGGAGCGCCAGUAGCCGCCUGGGCCUGGAGAGGAAGAGUGUGGAGAGGGAGGUGGAGAUACUGCAGAGCCUGCAGCACGCCAACGUCAUGGCCCUCAGGGAUGUGUUUGAGAGUCGCGCCGAGGUGGUGCUCAUCGUGGAGCUUAUCAGUGGUGGGGAGCUGUUUGAUUUCAUAGCAGAGAAGGAGAGCCUGUCUGAGGAGGAGGCCAUAGAGUUCUUGAAGCAGAUCCUCAUGGGAGUGGGCUUUAUGCACACUAAGAACAUUGCCCACUUUGACCUCAAGCCAGAGAACAUCAUGCUGGCUGACAAGACGAUGCCACACCCCCACAUCAAGAUCAUUGACUUUGGACUGGCCCAUCGCCUCAAACAGGGGGAGGAGUACAGGAGCCUAUCUGGGACCCCACAGUACAUCGCCCCUGAGGUGAUUAACUAUGAACCCCUGAGCGAGGCAGCCGACAUUUGGAGUAUUGGUGUGAUAACCUACAUAUUGUUGAGUGGUUUGUCCCCCUUUCAAGGAGAUAAUGACGAGGAGACACUAAAGAAUAUCGUGGGGAUGAUCUAUGAGUUUGAAGAGAACUAUUUCACGCAGACCAGCGCCAUGGCCAAAGACUUUAUUGAGAAACUGCUGGUCAAAGACCCAAUAGAGAGAAUGACAGCGGAUGAAUGUCUAGUACACCCUUGGAUCAAGCCCCUCACACGCAAACAGGCGGAUAACAGAAGUCGGUCGUCCAUUAACAUGAAAAGCUUCAAGAAGUUCAACGCCAAAAGGAAAUGGAAGAUGUCAUAUAACAUGGUGUGGGCGUGUAACAGAUUAUUUCGCCUGCAGUUGCAGUGUAAAAGCAGGUCCCAGGAGGACCCAGAACUGAGGCAGUGUGAGAGCGACCAGGAGGACACGGAGACCAAGCCUGCUUCUCUCAUUCGCCGCAGACUCAGCAGCAGUUCCUAAAGAAGACCACUGGGGUCACUAACACAGCCUCAGACCACCUCUAUCCAUCCCACCAUGGGGAAAUGGAGAGAAGCCUUUUGUGAGUGCACCAAUCAACAAUAGUCUGAGUUACAGAACGACUGACUAUGCCAGUGACAAUACGAGUGACGAACCCGUGAUGUGCAGGUGCCUAAAGCCAGUGUUAGUCCACAGAGUUGAAUCUUAAUGUCUCAGACAUGGUUCCUGAUAAAACCACUGUAGUUUACCAAACUGCUUCUGUUACACUUCACCCCCAUUUGACUUAGCAUUUGCCUGUGCCUUUUAAGUUUGACACAUUUAUUUUCUGAACAUGCCAAAACUUUUGUUUUGGUGCACGGGAUAGAGUUUGUCACACUUAUAGCUAACCUCGAUUGCAAUUAUUAUGCCUUACAAUAUUAUGUGGUUAUUAUUUAGCCUCCGCCACAUGUAGUGAUGUUUUUGACUGCUGUAUGGCUAUCAAAGGUCAAGACUAUUCCAAACUCAUUUUUAUUUGUGUUUGAGACAUUUGCAUUAAAUACAAUUAACUAGAAAAAGUACUUGGUAACUCAAAUGUUAAUUGAGUGUUUCACAUGAAAUUAGGGAACUAUACAAGCCAUACAAUUGGAAAUAGAAGGCCUGUUUCUCGAAUUCUGCCUUUAAGUGGAUACAUUAUUUGUGUCAGAAUGUAGAUAUAAGUUUAUACAGAGCUACUGUACUAUACACAGCUACAGCCAUGUAAUGUAGUCUUAGUGUGUAGGGCCCUUAAAAGACUUAUCAAACUUCAUCUUCGAUAUACUUUAUUGAACAUUUCAACCAUCUUUGGCUUAUGUCAAAGGUCAAUUUUAUAGUCGUUUUUGAAAGAGAAAGCUACUUUAUAACCUUGUGUAGGCUUGUUUAUAUAUAUAUAUAUAUAUAUAAUAAUAAUAAUGAGAGUUUAAUACUGACAACAACCAUGUUUUGUGAAUUGUGUGAUGGUGAAUAAGAAAAUGUUAGUCUAUGAUGAUAAAGCUAUUACAGUAUAUACACAUUUGUUACUUUGAAAGCCCACCAUUUUUUAAAGACAGCAGACUACUUGCA